GUGCGGUGUUUUAUACAGAGAGGUAAAAGAUGCGAAUUCACUCUGCGACCAGUACGUGAGAGGGCGGAUACGGGGAGCUGUCUGCCCCUCUCAGCCUCUCUGGACCAGCUUCACAUGAUGAGGACAUUUUCACAGCGAGCAUAGCGGACUGUCGGCAGGCCACAACACAGCAUGAUAACAUCUGUCCACUCACCACUGCCUGUAGUGGGUGGAUUGUGAGGACCAGCUGUCACUAUGCCAUGUGUGUAAGGGACCAGCGGUGGUGUUGUGGCCCCUGGCGGGAUGCUGCUGACAACCAGUCAGUAUGACUCUGUUGGACUUGUGGUUGUCGCGCUCCAUCCCCAUGUGCCUGCUCCUUCAGAGCCUUGUCCUCAUGGCCCUGUGCUUCCCCUCGGCCAGCAUGUGUCCAAAGGGCUGCACCUGCCAACGAGACCUCCAUCUCCAUGGCUUCAAUGUGACCUGCAGUCAGUCCCGCCUCAAGGAAAUUCCUCCCAAUCUCCCAGUGGACACCGUCCUGCUGAGGCUGGACCACAACCAGAUAGGAGCCAUCCCGGAUCAAGCCUUCCAUGGACUCAGGCUUUUGAGGGAGCUGAACCUCUCUUACAACGCGGUGGAGACUUUAGGGGAAGGGGCUUUCAGCGGGAUAGAGGGUACGUUACAGGUGCUGGACCUUUCCCACAACCGCAUCACUAGCGUUCACAAGGAUGCUUUUGCUCGGCUGAAGGCGCGCGUGAUUGUGGAUGACAAUCCCUGGCAUUGUGACUGCGCCCUCCAGCAGGCAAUAGGCGGGAUGGCCCACAACCACGAGGCCGCCGCCCGGGUUCUCUGCAGGAGCUCGGAGCUUCUUGAUCAGGAAGGACGACCUUUCUUGGCGGUGGACACUGACCUAUGUAACCUUGCGAAGAGGACCACAGAUUAUGCGAUGCUGGUAACCAUGUUUGGUUGGUUCGCAAUGGUAAUUUCAUACGUGGUGUAUUAUGUUCGUCAGAACCAGGAAGACGCCCGACGUCACCUGGAGUACCUCAAGUCUCUCCCCAGCAAGCCCAAGAAACCUGACGAGGCCGAUGACAUCAGCACUGUCGUCUGACGGCAGCGUCAUCAUGACUGUGUCCAUCGCAAACCUCACAAACACCAAAAUGUUUAUGUAACAGGACCCACAUUUAUAGCGUUUAAUAUUUAAAAGUGUUAGCCGACAUGAGCAUCCAAAUGUUUAUAUUUUGGGAAUAUUUGUCGUACUUUUGUCUUUACCAGGGUUAGUUCAUGUCUGAUCUGAAGUGAGAUGAGAAGUGAGACUAAAACUACAGUUUUUCUACAGAUGAAGAAAAAAAAAGACGAGUUUUACAAAUUUAAAUCUCAGGUUUAAAUGCUGACACGAUUAUGGCUUUUUUAAAUGAAAAUUUAAAAUGUGUGAAAAGAAAAACGUUAAUUUGUGAGACAUAUGCUCCUUUUCUCAAAGACCCAGUUUUGGAAUCUCAUAUUUAAGAGAAAUUUCGGCAUAUCUAGAUCCAUGUUUUGCUAAAGGACGCAAUUUGAUCUGAAAAUCGUGAUACAAUACAGUUGAUGAUAUGUCAUUGGAAAAAAUAUCUAAAAUCAUAUUUUAAUUUAUGGAAGCUGAUUUCUGCCAAAACAAAAGUAAAUAUUUUAUAAAGUUAUGUCCGGAAUUUUUGACAUAAUAGAAUUUCAACCUACAAAAAGUCAUAUUAUGCUAUUUAUUUAUGUCACUCUUUAUUUUCCUCUGCUUUUUUCUUUUCUUUUAGUAAUAUUUUUAUUUUAUUGUAACUUGACAGAAGGUGUAGCAUCUCCACUGGCAUCCUUUACAUAUUCUGUCUUGAUCACAACUAAACCCAGUUACCAAACUUGGGGAAAUUAGUGUUCACAGUUCAACAAAGCAAGUUCCAGUAUAGUUUAUAAUUAUGAAUAUACUGCUAAAGAUUUUGAAAAAUCAACUUUUCGUUUGAGGAAGUGGUUUUCAUUUCAGGAUUUUUUUCUGUAUAUAUACAAUAAUGCUAAAAAUAAUCAUAAAAAAUAAGCUAAGAAAUUAAAAAUUAUUAUGUUUUAUUUGCAAUGAUUAUUACUGGUAAAAUCACAGUGUAGCAUUUUUGCAUUUACACAAAAUAACUAUUUUAAAAAUAUAAGUUUUUUUGGGAUGAUUCACUUACAUGCAGUAAAUUAUGAGACUUUUUUGGAAACUGAUAUGAAAAACUAAACCACAUCUGGGCCCAAGCUCAUAUCUGUAACUAUUUUUUUAUGCAAUUACAACCCCAAUUCCAAAAACACUGAGAAUGGAAAUAAAACCAGAAGGCAAUGAUUUCCCAAUCUCACCAACAUAUUGUAUUACUAGUAGAAGAUAAACAGUGAAUCAGAUGUUGAAACUGAGCCAUUUUGUCAUGAUUCCUAGGUUUUCGUUUGAUAGAUCUGUCAUGUUAUGUUCUUCUUUGUCAUAGUUUGUAGUCGUCAUGUAUUGUAGUGUUCAUGCCAUGUUUCAUCCUUGUAGGCUAGUUUAGUUUAUUAAAACCAUGUUCCUGCACCAGUCUGCCUCCUGUUUCGUAAGCCUGCAUUUGGGUCCACACCUUCCACACCACGCAAACCUGACACAUUUUACCAUUUCAUGGAAAAUAUGAGCUGAUAGUGAAUCUGAUGGCAGCAACACGUCUGUAAAAAGUAG